AUGAUAAUUAAAAACUUGAAAAAGUACUUUACGUUCGAGGUUUUGAUUUUAGAUGACAAGAAAAUUCGGAGAAGAUUUAGAGCUAGCAACUAUCAGAGCACCACCCGUGUAAAACCUUUUAUUUGUACAAUGCCUAUGAGGCUGGAUGAGGGGUGGAACCAGAUUCAGUUUAAUCUAUGUGACUUCACAAGGCGGGCUUAUGGGACAAAUUAUGUUGAGACGCUCAGAGUUCAAAUUCACGCCAACUGUCGUAUAAGAAGAGUUUACUUUUGUGACCGGUUAUACUCGGAGAGUGAACUACCACCAGAGUUCAAAUUAUAUCUUCCUGUUCAGCAAAAAGUGGCUGCUUCUUAA